ACUUCGAGGCGAAGGUUGGACUUUAAGCCAACUUGUUAACAGGAAGAGCGCGCGUACACACCUUCGUGCGAUUUACAAGAUAUCGCAAACAUGGCCCAAAACUUGAAAAAGUUUUACAACCUUACAGCUAAUCUGCUGACUGGUGAAGCUUUUAAUUUCUCCACACUUAAAGGGAAAGUCGUUCUCAUUGAGAACGUGGCAUCUCUCUGAGGAACAACAAUCAGGGAUUACACUCAGAUGAACGAGCUUCAUUCUCGCUAUUCCGCAGAGGGACUCGUUAUCCUGGGUGUGCCCUGCAAUCAGUUUGGGCACCAGGAGAAUGCCAAAAAUGAUGAGAUCCUGAGAUCCCUAAAGUAUGUCCGCCCAGGGAAUGGCUUUGAACCCAAGUUCCAGCUCCUGGAGAAGGUAGACGUCAACGGAAAAGCUGCUCAUCCCUUGUUUGUGUACCUUAAGGAGAAGCUCCCAACCCCCAGCGACAAUGCCACGGCCCUCAUGACCGAUCCAAAGUUCAUCAUCUGGAGUCCUGUGUGCAGGACCGACAUAUCCUGGAAUUUUGAGAAAUUCCUGAUCGGAGCUGAUGGGGAGCCUUUCAAGCGCUACAGCAGAAACUUCCUCACCAUAGAUAUUGAGGAAGAUAUUAAGGAGCUACUGAAAAGGAGGAUCAAGUAAAAUGUGCUACAACAUUACUAUUGCUGGCAGUGAAAGAUAUCUGUCGUGACCACACUGGCUUUGUAAUGCUUAUCUGUAGACCCAGGCGUUUCGGGUAUUUCUUCUUGCUUUCCUGCUCACAGUUGAAUUAAUUGCCACAGUCCAAAUAUUGUGAAAUUUUCAGUGGUAUAUACUUGGUUUUUCAACCCAUUUACUUAAUGAUGAGGCUCCUGCAAACCUUUUUGUGUAGGGAGACUCUGAUAAAGAUGUAAAUGUCUGUAUUUACCCCUGACUGUACUGCAAUUGGAAUAUUAGUUGAAAAAAUGAAAUAAACAUGUUUUAUCAAACA